AUGGUCGCUAAGAAGAGAACUGCAUUAAGGACUAAGGCAGCCAAAGUUACCACGGUUGAGAAAGACCAUGCGGUGCAACCAUUGACGGAGUUACCGCCAGAUCCUAAGGCUUUCUUGCAUCAGCCAAGGGAGACUAAGAAAGAAAAACUGCAGAAUAAGUCCCAGAACUUUAUUAGUAGGAUAACGGAUGUAGGUAAGAAUUUGACUGGUAUUUCGAAGUCAUCUGUCAGAAGAAGGAAACGUAAGCUAAGAGAUGAGUUGAAACCUAAGAUGGAUGAUUUGCUUAUAAGUUUACAGCAGGAAGGUGUCAUUAGGAAUGAUGAACCUUCACAGGAGGAUUUAGCUGUGGAAAAGAAAGCUAGUUUAAAUUCAUCAGUCACCAAAGUCAUAACAUCGGAUGCAUAUGGCUCUAUUCGUGGCAGCGCUCCACAGCAUAAAGGUCAACUACGGAAAAACGAACCUAAUAUUAGAAACCAAAGGGGUGCUAAGGCUUUGGCCCAACAGGAAUCCAAGAGGUUCAACGAAGUUUUGUUAAAUGAAACUUUCCAGAAGAACCCAUUUGACGCAUUGAAGGAAGCUAUAAGGAUGAGGCAGUAA